GAGAGUAGAUUGGAGUAGAUACUUUGUAAAUUAUAGGAAAGGGGUUACAAACCAACUUGUUAUUUAUUAAUUUUAUUGUUAAAAUCUAAAAGAACGAAACAGCAAAAUAGAUUAAAAAAAUAAUAUGACUGAAUAUAAAAAACCAUCUGUUAACCCGGACCUGGUGAAAUUCUCUGAAAAUAACGACUAUGACUCUCUUGCAAAAUACUUGUGCACAGUCUAUAGAUAUCGGGAAAAUAUAAUUAUUCCAAGAGUGUUAGGUCCAGUGAUCAUAAAGACAAAUGAAGAGAAGAUGAUUGAGGCCACAAUCGAAAGCUGCCCAUUCAAAUCCUUGACCAGUUGCGUUAUAGGUUAUGGUCUUGGUGCAGCGGUUGGUCUAUUCACAUCUUCACUUAUGCCCAACACAACAGAUCCUAUGGCACAACAAAAUCAAACUGCAAGAGAAAUCCUUAGAGAAAUGAAAAACUCAAUGUUAAGCUAUGCCAAGAAUUUUGCACUACUUGGUGCCGUGUUUUCCGGCGUAGAAUGUUGCAUUGAAACUGCAAGAGGAAAGUCAGAUUGGAAAAAUGGGACAUACGCAGGAGGCGUGACUGGGGGUCUAAUAGGAUUACGAGGUGGAUUAAAGGCAGGUUUGUUUGGAGCUGCAGGAUUUGCUGCAUUUUCAACUGUGAUCGACUAUUAUAUGCAUCAACGUUGAUAGAUUUGUAUUUUAAAGGUUUAGUGUAAUUAAUUAGAUAUUAAAUAUAUUAUAGAAAUUUUA